AGACAGUUAGUCCAGCAGGAGCGACACUGCAGCCUGGGAGCUAACAAUGUGGGGAUGGGUGAUAACAGCUCUCCUCAUUCUGUGGAUAGACCUGGCCAGUGGAAUUAUUGAUAUUCAGCAGAUCCCUCAAUAUGCAGUUACCCAGAGAUCUAUCACACUCAGUAUUACUGGAAUUACUGGUAGAAUUGUAUAUUUUUACUGGUUUAAAGGACCAGAUACAAGCUCCCAGUACCAUAUCCUCACAUAUAUUCCCACUGAUAGUUCCCCAUUACUUACUGGACCUCAGUUUAUGUCUCGCAUUAGCACUUUCCCUAAUGGUUCAUUACUGAUCUCAGAUCUCAUUAUUAUGGAUCAAGGUAAUUACAUAGUGAAGGUACAGACAGAGAAAUCUGCAGAGCAAGCUUUCAUACACCUGGCUGUCUAUGAACCAGUCAUUAAACCAGUAAUUACAGCCUCUCCUACUCAUAUUCAUGAACAUGAUGCAGUCACUUUAACCUGUGUCUCAGAUAAUGCCGAGACGAUAAUAUGGAGCACAUACAGUUUCAAUAUAUCAGCAGGGAACAGGACCAUCACAUUUUCCAAUAUUAAACGCAGCGAUGCAGGAGAAUAUCUGUGCGAGGCUGGGAAUCUGGUCAGUAAGAGCAGCAGUGACAUCUAUACUCUGACAGUAUUAUAUACUCCUGAGUGCUCUCCGUAUUCAUAUGCUGCUAUUAUAAUGGGAAUCAUCUCUGGCACAGUACUGGGAACCAUAUUGAUCAUUAGUGUAACCUACCUUCUGUAUAGGAGAUUGGUCCUUCCUGUAAGAAAAGGGCAAAGAGGCCCAUCCAGUGACAGGCAAGACCCGUGUGCCACAUAUGACAAAGUACUGGAUCUGGACAAUGUACAGAAGUCAAAGGAGGAAUCAUCGUAUAAGGAUCUUCAGGUGAAAUCAGAGGGAGCAGAAAGCAAAACAACAGAGAUGAAAUUUUAGUUCCUAAACUGCAUGCAGUAAAAUGAGGAAGAAAAUGUUAUUGCAAAUACAUCGGGUGUGCUGUGAGCUGAUGUCAUGACAUCACCAGGAAGCUGACAGUGGGACUAUACUGCCGGAGAUCAGGGCUGCCGCUAGUGCUGUACAUUUGGAGGUGCAGAAUCGUGACUGAAAAGCAGAUAAUGCUAUUAACAAGCUCUAACGGCUAUGUACGGAUGUAUGUGCAAUGUUUUAUACCUUAUUAAAUUGUGACUGACUUAAUUUCA